UUUUGGGAGGACUGUUGUGCCUAGUGGUGAGGAGGGGUUUCUCCUUCCUGUAUUUGACGUGUGUGGGGUUGGGGGUUUACACUGAACUCAGCCUUCAUUGAACUUCUUGAUGACUUUGGAGAGAACGGCGUGGUUACUGGGGUGCUUUGGACCAUGGAGUGCUCUGCUUGCAUUACCCUCUCAGAUUAUUCACCAGGCAAUAACAGUUCUUUCUUUCCAUGAUGGAGAGAGGAAAGAUGUGUUAGAAGUCACUGAAGUUGUCUGAGCUUUAGGCUCUACAUUUGGAAGAGGAAGAGGGAUUGGGCUUGGAUUUGAGGAGCCGUGCCCCUGGACCAGCUUGUUAAGACUUGGGAGGAAGCAGUGUUUGGGGGAACACCUCUUUCCCCCGGGGCAAGUUUUCUAGGGGCAUCUUGAUCUUAGGAUUGUUUGGACCUCUUCCUCUCCUUUGGAGACCUCUUGGGGCUCAGCAAGACGCGUGGGCUGGAGUAACUAGGGCCUCCAAUGGGCUGCUUUUCAACCUCAUCUACUCCUCCCCUCCCAGAGAAGCAGCAGGAGUUCAGUUGGGGCUGACCUUGGUUGGCAGUGGGUGUGAAGGGUCCAGGAACCAACACAGACCACUGCAUGCUCCUCCGUCGCUGGCCACGAAGCCGUUUGUGUCUCCGAGUUACCAGCUCAGUCACACAUCGUGUUUACACUCCCCACCAAGGCAAUAACAGUUGGCCUUGCAGUGAGGCCGAGAGCUGUUUUCCCAGCUGUUCCUCUUUGCAUAGACCAAGGGGACUUGGAGGGGGGUGCCCCUGGCCCAGCCUGCCCCAUCCUGGCCCAGGGAGGAAGGCUGCUCUGAAGGUCUUGGGACAAUCAGGUCUCCCAUGGAUCUGGUGUCUUACUGUGGUCUGUGGGCUGGUACUGGAAGCAGCCAGCUCCAGAGGUCUAUGGCCAGUGUCCCUGCUCCCUAGGCCAGAUCAUGACCUUGGCUUGCCCUGUAGCCUUUGCUCUGGGUCUGGAGUUCCCGGAGGACUGGCUGCAGUCCCUCAUUGACCCAGCAGACCUGGGCUGGUGAUAUGGUCGAAGGGCCAGACGGUUGCCCCCGGUCAGCAGCAGUGACUUCCAAGCUGACUGGCUUCCAUGGCUCGUGGUUCCUGGAGAGAAAGGUCCCACAGUUUGUAAGGCAGUGGGGGGCUCUGUAGAAUUUUUCUCCAUUAGGGGUUUGUUCCUCUGGUCCUCUCCUUCUGCCAUCUUUUAGAGAGUUUACCUGAUGGGGCUAAGAGCAGCAGUGAAAACAGUAAUCAUGAAAUUGGCUGAUAGUAACUGUGCAUUCUGUGGGCCACACACCAUUUGGAAUGCUUCAUAUCGAUAAACUUGCUGAAUACUUUAAUUCUAGAGCAGUAGGCGCGUUGUUAUGCUCCCCCUUUUAGAUGAGAAAACAGUGCCUCAGAGAGGCAAAGCAUUUCCAGAGCUAGUGGAUGCCCACUGUUUAUAGCAUUCACCCUAUGCCAGGCCUGUGACAGGCCUUUUGCACAUGUGACCUCACUGAAGUCUCAAAACACACCUGUGGUUAGGCCCGUUUUAUGGAGACCUAUGAGCUACUCUGAUACCAUUUUACAGAUGAGGAGUCAUUUCACUCGCUGUGAAGUGCGAAGAUGUCCCCAAGGUCUCAUAGCUGAAGUGGUAGAGGUGUGAUUGGCUUCAGCUCCUCUUGUCAAGGAGAAAUUGGAGCAGUGGCUUUUGUCUGUGAGCAUAUACUCUGCCCAGCCCUCUGUGUGCGGCUUUAUAUGAUGUUUGUGUCCUUUUUUUUGCAGAGUCCAAAAUUGGAAGUUCAGAGGAAAAAUUGCCUUCUAGGUCUUAUCAGACCCUGUGGGGGCUGGGGUGGGAUUUGAACCCAGGUCAGUGGGCCCCUAGUGCCAUGCAUUCCUUGCUCACCAGGUCCCAGGCUGGGUGAAAAGAAGGAAGGGCACAGGACAGAGGUGACUGUACCCCAUGUCUUUCCUUUCACUCCUGAGCCUCAGGCUGCAUUGAGCACCUCUGCCUACAGCCGGUCCAGCAUUUCUUGGUGCCUCGUCAGAGUUGAGCCAGGGCAUCCUUUAACCCUGGACAGAUGUGUGCUGGGAGCAGAAGAUAGCAAGAAAGCCAUGCAGCGGGUGACACAGAUUUCGGGGAGCUGCAUUAGCCUGUGGCCAGAUGGCAAAGUGGGUUCCAGCUGUGUGGCCUUGGACCACAGUGUUCACUCCCAUACAGUGGUCUCAGAAGGACGUCCACCUCAGGCUGCUGUGAGGAUUAUGUGAAUUACUCCAUGAGAAGCUCCUAGAGUGGUGCCUGGCACUGUGUAAGUCUCGGUUGGCAGUCAUGAUUAUGUUGUUAUGGAACCAAGGCAUCCAGCCUCCCCCACCUCCUGCCUUUGGUCCCCUUGAGCGUUCUGGGAUUCAACUCCCCAGCCUGGUCCAGCUAGGAUCCAGGACUUUGUUCUGGUUUCCAGUCUCUGUGAAGAGCUGCAUGGAAGUGAGUCAGAGCACAGGGUUCGAAUGCAGCCCUGCCACUCCAUGGUGUGUGACCUUGAGCGGGCUCCCCAACCCUUCUGAGCUGAUUCCAUCAUCAGUGUCAUGGGGAUGAUGAUAAUUCCCACCUGAUAGGAUUGUUGUGAAGGUUGAGUAGACUAAUUUGUGGGAAGCAUUCAUAACUGUGCUGGCAUACAGUAAGCCUACCAGAAACGUCUCCUCACUAAGAAGAGUGCCCGACACAUGGUGAGCCAUCGGUAUAUCUUUGCAACUGUAAUUCUUAAUAUUUCUGCCAGGACUUUGAAGGCCCUUGUGAGUCCACAGAACCAUGUCAGAGAGCACUAGGAGGAGAUCAGGGCCCAAAUUAGCGUCUCAGUUUUCCCGAUGCGGAAACAGAGGUCGGGGGGGGGACAUACAAUCAAGUCAGAACUGAGUGGGCUCCCAGGCCCAUUCCUCUUGCACACAGUGGCUUUGUAGCCUGAGCCUUUCCCAGGUAGACACAUUCAAGUCUUUUCAGAGGUCAGGCUCUGUGCUUUUGUUUUUAGUUUUGAGACAGGGCGUCACUCUGUCACCCAGGCAGGAGUGCAGCAGUGUGAUCACAGCUCACUACAGGCUUGACCUCCUAGGCCCAAGUGAUCUUUCCACCUCAUCCUCUUGAGUAGCUGGGACUGCAGGUGCACAUCACCACACCCAUUUAAUUUUUAAUUUUUUUGUGGAAACAGGGUUCUCACUAUGUUGCCCAGGCUGGUCUUGAACUCCUGGGCUCAAGCGAUCCUCGUGCCUCAGUCUCCUGAGUAGCUGGGACUACAGGUGCAUGCCACUGCCCUUGGUUCCCAGUCCACCACAGCUCUGGGAGUGGUAGGAAGGCUGUGCCUGGGCAGGGGGGCAGCAGAAAUGCCUGCGGGAGUCAGCAGUAGCUAUGCUUUGCAGGCCUGUGGGCCUGGGGGAGAGGUGAGGAUUGAUGCUGAGGGCAUUAUGGAGCUGAGGAAAAGGUUUCACUCAUCCGCCACCAUUUACUGAGCACCUCCUGUGUGCCAGCAUUGCAUCAGUACUGAGAAUGCAGUAGUGUACUGCUCAAAGUCCCUAUCCUCAUGGGGCUGAGGGAGACCCACCUGAAGCAGGUGAAUAAGCAAGGAGCUGGUUAGAGGGGAGGUGCUAGGCAGCGAAUUCAAAUCAGGUGAUGACUGGGUGCUUCUUUAGAUGCCGGCGGCCGAGGGGAGGGCCUGUGAGCUGAUCCCAGUUUGGCAAGGUGAGGCAAUCAUGUGGGGUGGGAGGAGAAGGAACAGCCCUCCAGGUGGAGGGAACCACAGUGCAAAGGUCUGAAGGGAGGACAGAGCUUGGUGAGGUGCAGGGACAAACCUCAUAGAGUACUGUGUGGCUUGGUGGAGUGAGGGAGCAGGGAGGAGAGCAGACCAGGGCUGUGGGCCUGGCAGGGCCUGUCACUGUCUGAGAAGGAGCUUGGCGUUGCAGCAGGAGCAGCCUGGUCAGAUUUAGGGUCUUAGCAAGUGACACAGGAGAGAGUCACAGGCUCCUGCCUGGGGAUGUGGGGAGAUUUGACUGAGCCGAGCAGGGUGUUCACAGGCCUCCCACUUCCCCUCGAGUAGCGUCACUGCCUUGGAGCCAGCAAAGGCCCAAGGGUUGCCUCCCUUGCUGUGGUUUUCACACCGUGUUCCCCAGAGCCCGUGGCUGUUACUUUUAGGGAGAGAGGCGAGGAGGCUCAGUGGGCCGAUUUUUCUGCCCAUCCCUCCCCACCCCAACCAACUGGACUAAUACCGAAUAGCAACGCAGAGCAGCAGUCCACAUCUGAUACAGACAGCACCCACUGACCCUGCUUCCACGCCGCUGUGGGCCUGCAGGCCUGCGCCAUUCCUGGUGCUCCUGGAAUUGGAAAGACCAGGUCUUGUGACUGACACCCAGCAGACAUGUCUCUGGUGGGCAUCAGGUGUGGUUGAUGCUACGAAGGCAAAAUAAAUGCGGGCCAGGGCCCGGGUGCUCUGAGUGUGCCCAGCAAGGGACUGCAAGCCGGGCCAGCCAAGAGGACAAUGCAUGUCAGAGGUCCCCGCAGGAGUUUCUCCAGCCCAGCUGUCCUGCUGAAGAAGCUCGUCGGCAGAUGUUGUUUCUAAGGACUGUGCCCUGUCCACGGUGCCUCCUGCAUGUCCUGCUGCCCUGAGCUGUCCCGAGCUAGGUGACAGCGUGCCACGCUGCCACCAUGAACGAGGUGUCUGUCAUCAAAGAAGGCUGGCUCCACAAGCGCGGUGAAUACAUCAAGACCUGGAGGCCACGGUACUUCCUGCUGAAGAGUGACGGCUCCUUCAUUGGGUACAAGGAGAGGCCUGAGGCCCCUGAUCAGACCCUGCCCCCCUUAAACAACUUCUCUGUAGCAGAAUGCCAGCUGAUGAAGACUGAGAGGCCGAGGCCCAACACCUUCGUCAUACGCUGCCUGCAGUGGACCACAGUCAUCGAGAGGACCUUCCACGUGGAUUCUCCAGAUGAGAGGGAGGAGUGGAUGCGGGCCAUCCAGAUGGUUGCCAACAGCCUCAAGCAGCGGGCCCUGGGUGAGGACCCCAUGGACUACAAGUGUGGCUCCCCCAGUGACUCCUCUGUGGCCGAGGAGAUGGAAGUUGCGGUCAGCAAGGCACGGGCCAAAGUGACCAUGAAUGACUUCGACUAUCUCAAACUCCUUGGCAAGGGAACCUUUGGCAAAGUCAUCCUGGUGCGGGAGAAGGCCACUGGCCGCUACUACGCCAUGAAGAUCCUGCGGAAGGAAGUCAUCAUUGCCAAGGAUGAAGUCGCUCACACGGUCACCGAGAGCCGGGUCCUCCAGAACACCAGGCACCCGUUCCUCACUGCGCUGAAGUAUGCCUUCCAGACCCACGACCGUCUGUGCUUCGUGAUGGAGUACGCCAACGGUGGCGAGCUGUUCUUCCACCUGUCCCGGGAGCGUGUCUUCACAGAGGAGCGGGCUCGGUUUUAUGGUGCAGAGAUCGUCUCAGCUCUUGAGUAUUUGCACUCUCGGGACGUGGUGUACCGCGACAUCAAGCUGGAAAACCUCAUGCUGGACAAAGACGGCCACAUCAAGAUCACUGACUUCGGCCUCUGCAAAGAAGGCAUCAGUGAUGGGGCCACCAUGAAAACCUUCUGUGGGACUCCGGAGUACCUGGCGCCUGAGGUGCUGGAGGACAACGACUAUGGCCGGGCAGUAGACUGGUGGGGGCUGGGCGUGGUCAUGUACGAGAUGAUGUGUGGCCGCCUGCCCUUCUACAACCAGGACCACGAGCGCCUCUUCGAGCUCAUCCUCAUGGAGGAGAUCCGCUUCCCUCGCACGCUCAGCCCCGAGGCCAAGUCCCUGCUUGCCGGGCUGCUUAAGAAGGACCCCAAGCAGAGGCUUGGUGGGGGGCCCAGCGAUGCCCAGGAGGUCAUGGAGCACAGGUUCUUCCUCAGCAUCAACUGGCAGGACGUGGUCCAGAAGAAGCUCCUGCCACCCUUCAAACCUCAGGUCACGUCUGAGGUCGACACACGGUACUUCGAUGAUGAAUUCACCGCCCAGUCCAUCACAAUCACACCCCCCGACCGCUAUGACAGCCUGGGCUCCCUGGAGCUGGACCAGCGGACCCACUUCCCCCAGUUCUCCUACUCGGCCAGCAUCCGGGAGUGAGCAGCCCGCCCACGCAGAGGAUGCACCCACGCCGCCAUCACCGCCGGGUGGCUUUUUUCCAACUUUUUACUUUGCCUUUUUGGUUUGUGUCCCCACCCCUACCUCCUCACCUGCUUUCCAGUUCUUCUUCAGGCCCCUCCCAGACGCACCCCAGCGGCCCUUGCUCCCAGCCUCACGUUUGUGCCUGGACUCGCAUUUGGGAGACUCCAUCUCCUGCCCAGGCCCAGGCUGUUGGGUGGCUGCAGAGAUUCAGGUUUUAAACCACACAAGCCCCAGUGAGGGGUGAAGCAUGGUGCCCGAGGCCUGCCUGGGUUUCUGGCCCGGGUGCCGCGCUGGUGGCUGCCUCCAUGCUGCUGCUUCCAGACGAAGCCUGCCUUCUGGUGCGACACAGCACCUGGCAGACAGUGGUGCUGCCUUCCAGGCCCCGUGGCCUAGGCUCGGAAUGCCCAGGCGCAGGUCCAACCCCCCACCCGCUGUCCUCCCAUGGGGGCAGAAAAGCAAUAAUAUCCAGGGACAGGCAGGAGCCCUGGGGAGCUACAGGGUUGGGGGUUAGGGCUGCUCCCUGAUGAACAGAGCCAGGUCCUAGGAUCUGUGCCAUGGGAAACCAGGAGGGGCCAGGCUGGGUGCUGCCUCCUGGCCCUGCUUCCCCACCAAGCUGCCAUCCUCACCCUGUGGAUGAGGCAGGAGGAACACUUGGGGGCAAACCUGCCUGCCCCCAGCCCCGUGCCUUACUAGGGCUUCCUUCCAGCUGGCCUUUCCUCCUGCUGGACCCUGGGCCUGGCCCGGCCUGGCCCCGCCCCACUGGGGGCUGGGCUCGCCCCCUUCUCUGCGGGGGCAGAGGGGCGCCAGCCUCGGCUGUUACAAUCUUACACCAGACAGUAUUGGGCCCCAUGGACUUGGUCAGGGAGGGGUGGGGUGGGCGUCUCUGGUACCUGUUGGGGUGGGGGGGGCCUCUGAGAAGGGAGGCUACUAGGCCCUGUCUUCCCUCCCGCUCCCCAGGGCCCCACGUUCUGCAGCCUUAAGGUUGAACAUGAGUGCACAUCCAUGUCAGUGCCGUGGGACCCCUGUGCGUGCUUCGGACUGCGUGUGUCGGCGUGACUCAGGCACACGUGGGUGUGUGUGCAUGUGUGUGCGUAUGUGUGUUGGUGUAUGUGAGGGCAGUAUGUCCUCCAGUGUGCAUGGUGUGUGGGCUUGGGCCCCAUCCCUGGCCCGAGCAUUUCAUCCUGUGGGGGAGGGGCGCUGACCUAGUGGGAGGAGCCCCACCACCGGGAUCCAGGCGCUGCGCCCCCCCCCCCCCCCCCCGACGCCUCCCCUCCCCUCCCCUCCCCUCCCCGCAGCACCACCUCCCCGCAGCAACACCUCUGUGUGUUUGGAGUUGAGCUUUUGUGGGUUUGAUUUUCCUACCCCACCUCCUGUACUAUGCAGUUCCUGGCGGGGUGGGGAGGGGUCGGGUGGGGAGGGGUGGGGGUCUUUUUUUCCUCUGCUCCACGUCGUUUAUCAGACAGUUCUCCGUCCCUACUGGCUUUUCUCCUCGUCUUCAUAUUUGUACGGUACAAGCAAUAAAGACACUCAUUUCAGACCAGGGCCCAGCCUGCACUCACGCCGGCCCAACCACCCGGGUCCUUGCCUUGGUGAUGGAGUCCGGCCCCUGGGCCUCAGCUCCUCUUGUACCAGCCAUUUCCUUCAGCAAGGGAGGGGCUGAGCAGGGGCGUGGGGAUGAGAAUGAGCUCAGGGCGAGGGCAGCUGGGGUGUGUGCUGGAGCUCAGGGUGGAGAGGGUGGGUGGAGCUUGGGCUGUGGGGUUGAGAGGUGUGGGGGUGGGGUAGACAGAGACCACUCCAGGCCCUCUGUGCUGCUUGGGCUAAGAGGCGUGGUGGAGGAACAGGGGUGGAAGAGCUGGGUGGCCCAGAAUGAGGAGGGUGCCUUUGGUGUCACUGAGUGAAAGGGAGUGGUUCAUUCCAUAGGCCCCCGAGCCUUAGAGUGGGGCAUUCCUGUCUAGCCACACCUCCCCGUUUAUGCUGCCACCGGAAGCCUUGAGGUCCCCAGAUUCCAGUACAGACCCAGUGGUGUGUUGAUGGUGGUGUGGUUGCUGUCGCCUGGGAGCUCCUGAGUAUUUGGUUAGGGCCCGCUUAGCUUGGAGUCCGUCCCCUCCACCAGGCCCUGCCCUUUAGCCUGGCUGUGUCUGGGCUCCUGCACUUUGCAUGCUUGAGUCACGUGGCUGCCUGGCCGGAGCUCGCUGGGUGGAACACCUCCCCCAGCCGGGGAUGAGGGACAAGAGCCCUGCCCUGCCGUGCAGAGAGGGCCUGGCACAAAUGAAUUUGAGAUUUGACCACAAGGUGUUAGCGCUUCACGCCCAUUGGAGUGUGAGAUUUUGAGUGAAUUUAAGCAGAAAAGUCAGAUCCAAUUUUCAGAAAUCAGAGUUAGCUACAGCUAAGACUUUUAGUUUGUCUUUCUAAAGUCAUAUGGACCUUAAUUUAAUUACAAAGUCUACCCUGGUGGUGUAAGACAGGCCGACCUAUAAAGACCUUGUACCCUUCUGUCUCAUCCCAGCCCCCCUUGCGCCUCACACCCCCGUGAGGCAGGUCUCCUAGUGGGCACAGGCCUGGCUACCUCAUCCUUUUAGUGGGUCUAGUCUUCUGCAGGAUGGGGUCCCACAGCUGCAGCAGCUGGCCCCAUAGUUGAGCCUAUGUGCUUAUCCUGUAGAGCUUUUCCUAAGGAGGGUGUUAGAAGUCUUAAUAAAACAUUUUGAGUAGAAUCAUCGUCUUUUGCAGUGUACAUUUAAAAAACUUCACAAGUUCUUUUUUGUAUGUAAAGAACGGUAGACUGGGCACAGUGGCUCACACCUGUAAUCCCAGCACUUUGGGAGGCCGAGGCGGGCGGAUCUCGUGAGGCCAGGGGUUCAAGACCAGCCUGGGCAACAUAGGGAGGCCUUUGUCUCUACAAAAAAUAACAAAAAUUAGCUGGGCAUGGUAGUGCAUAUCUGUGAUCCCAGCUAACUUGGAAGGCUGAGGUGGGAAGAUCACUUGAGCCCAGGAGUUUGAAGCUGCAGUGAGCUAUGAUUGUGGCGCUGCACUCCAGCCUGGGACAGUGAGACUGUGUCUCUAAAAAGAAAAAAAAAUGAUAUAUGUCAUUUUAAAAUAACACAGCAAAGCAGGUGUAAAAGUAAAAUUCACUGGACUGGAGGUCUCAGGGCCUUGAGUUCUCAUUUUGGUGCUGAUUACCUUUGCAAAGGGACAGGGUAUCAUAAAUCGGUAGUUUCCUCCUCUUUUUGCAUUAUCUUUUCCAGUUAAUGCAAAGUGUCUGGGGGCUGCCCUGCGUGCAUUGAUGGCCAUGUUGAGUCAGGGGUAGCAGUGAGACUCCCUUUCAGCUGUUGCAUUUGGGGAACUCAGGCUUUCCAGCUGCUUCCCCCGUGGGGUCGUCAGCCGCCCUGUUGACAGGAAUUUACUUGGUUUUGUGUCUGGUGCUCCCAGCAGUCCUGUAAUAAACCUUAGCGAGCCGUCUGCGUCCCAGGAUUUUAAUGUCUAGUACCUUUCCGAAAAAGUGUAGCCAUUCACAUCAAAUUUUAAAAUAAUUGCAGACUUGCAGAAAACUUUAAAAAAUAGUACUGUACUAAGAUGAUUCCAGGACUGGGGCAUCUUGCAGUGCCUGAAGGUAAGCACUCGUGCUAAGUCACAGGGACAUGGAGCCCAAGAAAGAGCUCCCAGUGGCCCAAGCUGAAAAGAACUUGAGCCACAAAAUAAAUAGCAUAAUAUUGGGUUUUCGCACUGCACUCCAGCCUGGCGACAGAGUGAGACUCUAUCUCAAAAAAUAAUAAAAUACAAAAAGCUGAGCAUGGUGGCAUGUGCCUGUAAUCCCAGCUGUUUGGGAGGCUGAGGCAGGAGAAUCACUUGAACCUGGGAGACAGACGUUGCAGUGAUCCGAGAUAGCACCAUGGCAAAUGGGAAACAAAUGAGUCUACUGCUAAGUGGUAAAUGGGGAGAAUACACCAAUCUUCACAAAAUCGCAAAUCAUUUGUGUAGACAGCCUUCAAGGAGAGGUAUGUAACCCCAACCACUUAGGCGUGGGCUGCAGUGACUCCUCCAACGAGUGCAGUGUGGAGGGUGGGGAAGAACUCUUCAGUGAAGACAUCUGACAAACACGGCACCAUCCAGGUGAUCCAGGUCCACAUUACCGAUAAAUCAUGUUCACGGCGUCCCUUUAACGUGAUGUAAUAGAACCGCACUUUCCCUCUGAUCCUCCUCCCGCAGACACACGCCACCUCACUGAGGAAGCAGACGGCAGACGGAUGUCAGCUGAGGGAUUUGUUUAAGGUGGUUAGAAAUCAGAAAAGUCUGAGAAAGGGACACAUCCAAGAUCAACCGAAGGAGUCACGGUGACUAAAUAUAAUGUGUCCUGAAACAGAAAAAGGGUCGUAGGGAAAAGGGGGAGGCUGAAUAAAGCAUGGCCUUAAUAGAUUAUUGGUUUCACUGAUUGUGACACGUGCCACACUAAUAUGUUAAUCAGGGAAAUUGGGUGUGGGGUGGAUGGGAACUCUGUCAAUCUAUUCAAAAAUAAAUGUAAAAGAAUUUAAAAAUACACCCUUCA